GCUGGAGUUUCUUCUGAGGACGGCGCGUGGGAUGAACGGACGGGAUGAGGCGAGACGCGGCGGCCAGACGUGACAAGCGAGCGGGAGCUGUGGCAGAAUAAGAAGAUUUCUUUGUUUCCAUGAUAAGGAAAACAUGGAGAACAGCAGUUCCUCACAGGCGGAGGCUCUGAAUGGGACCUGGGCCCAGGCGCACCGCGCAGAGAUCCUGGAGAACCCGCUGCAGACGUAUCUCCUGGGAAUCAUCAUCUCCAUCUGUGGGAACGUCCUCAUCAGCGUUUCACUCAACAUACAGAAAUAUGCUCACGUCCGUCAGUCUCAGCGCGGCUCCAAGCCGUACUACACCUCGGCGCUGUGGUGGUGCGGGGUGGUCCUCAUGGGCGUCGGAGAGCUGGGGAACUUUGCUGCCUAUGGCUUUGCUCCAGCGUCGCUCAUCGCCCCGCUGGGCUGCGUGUCUGUUAUAGCCAGUGCCAUUAUAUCCGUGGUCUUCCUCAAGGAGACGGUGCGCGCCUCUGACAUUGUUGGAGGCUCCUUGGCAAUAACAGGGACGUACGUCCUGGUGACCUUUGCCCCCCAUACCUCCACCCACAUCACGGCCCACCUGGUGCAGUACUACUCUGUCAGCUGGUACUUCCUGCUUUACCUGUUCUUGGAGAUUGUCCUCUUCUGCAUCCUGCUCUACCUGUACAAGGUCAGGAAGGUGAAGCACAUCGUCAUUGUGAUGCUGCUGGUGGCCCUGCUAGCCUCGCUGACAGUCAUCUCCGUCAAAGCAGUGUCUGGGAUGAUCACAGAGUCAAUAAAGGGCCAGCUGCAGCUCAUCUACCCCAUCUUCUACAUCAUGCUCCUCGUCAUGAUCGCCUCCUGCGCGUUCCAGAUCAAAUUCCUCAAUCAGGCCAUGAAGAUGUUCGAUGCCACUGAGGUGGUGCCCAUCAACUUUGUAUUUUUCACCGCAAGUGCCAUUCUGGCAGGGAUAGUAUUUUACCAGGAAUUCGAAGGCCUGGCUUUGCUGAACAUUUUUAUGUUCUUGUUUGGUUGUUUGCUGUCUUUUCUCGGAGUUUUCCUAAUAACCCGAAACAGGCCAAAGAUAAAGCAGCAGGAUCGCAAUUUUAUCGCAAUGAGCCGGAUCCCCGGGACGAGGCACACGGACACAGUGCAGCCCGAGGCAAAGACGCCGACAUACGGAUCCCUGGCAGCCAAACUCAUGUGCAACAGAGCUGACCAAACAGAUGAUUCAUAGGACCGGCUCCGUCUGUCGGGACUGUCGCCUCGGUGCCUUUUCAACGGCUCUUCGGCAUCUUUUAUUUAUGGAAACAGAAAACAGCACCCAUGAGCAUAUUGAUGUUUGAUUUCCUAUCUGAAACAGCAGUCUGGAUGCGUUUGCCUCCAAAAAUGAGAUUAAACACCUUGAAAUACAAAACGAGCGGCAGCAGCAGCUCAGCUGAAUUGGAAAUGGUGAAAGAAAACCGUCCAGGAGGCCACUGGGAUGAAUGCUUUACCAAACAACACGAGACUGAUGGUAAUCAGCUGAAUACAUUUGUGUUUGUGUUCAGAUGUCAAUAAACAGAAGAGGGGGAAAUAAAGAGAGGCUGUCCUGUCAUGCAG